GUGCAUUCGUUUGAUGGUACCAAGGAAGCAGCAGCUGCUUUGAUUGACUUGGAUCUUUAUAUAGGGUUUAAUGGUUGCUCACUGAAAACUGAGGCUAACUUGGAAGUUUUGAAGUCAAUACCUAGUGAAAAAUUAAUGAUUGAGACUGAUGCACCUUGGUGUGGAGUCAAAAGUACACAUGCUGGAUCAAAAUAUAUAAAAACUACAUUUCCUACCAAAAAAAAGUGGGAAAAUGGACACUGUUUAAGAGAUCGAAAUGAACCCUGCCAUAUAAUUCAAAUACUGGAGAUAAUGUCAGCAGUAAGAGAUGAGGAUCCACUGGAGUUAGCCAAUACACUAUAUAACAACACCGUUAAAAUUUUUUUUCCUGACAUGUAAUUGGUAAUGUCUUCCAUUUUCUAUCAUGUUUAUAAAAUUUCAUGUAAAACUGAAAGUUUCAAUAAAGAAAUUACGUGAAAGUUGUCUGAAGUAUUAUAUUUCACAGCACACUGUCCUCCUCAAUUCUACCCAUAAAAAUCAGAUCAGGAUCUUUUAUAUCAUUUAAUGCAUGAAUUUAAAACAAUGAAAAUCCCUAACUAUUUUCAUUUUGUAAUCUCUUCAAAAGUCUGAAAAUCAAUUUUAGGACAACACUGCAAAGACAGAAUGGCUAACAAAUACAAUGAUUGUACAUAAAAGUUAAAUAAUUAGCACAUUCUGGUUGAUAACAAAGUUUAGUUGAUAUAA